CACACACACACACACACACUGUCUUUUCCUGCACUGUGCUCUAGGCACGAAGAUCUCAGAUCACAGAUUAGUGGUCCUCUUCCCCCAUGCUCCGCACGCUGAUGCUCCGUCAGUCAGAGAGGACGCAGAAAAUAAACGAACGGGAGGGGAGAAGAGGAGGAGAGGGGCUGAGUGCUGGAGGAGCCCACGUGUCUCUUUUCUCCUAGCUGCAGCCUUAGCCGCUGUUAAUGGAGGACUGGGGUGCAUGAGGAGCGUCACUCUGCUACAGACCGCCACAGCCUGAAACCAUCCUGCCAAAAUCUGGGACCAUGUCUGGAGCCUACGACGAGUCCGCCAGCCAGGAGGAGACCACAGACAGUUUCUGGGAGGUUGGGAACUACAAGCGUACGGUGAAGCGGAUUGACGAUGGUCACCGGCUCUGCAAUGACCUGAUGAACUGUAUCCAGGAGCGUGCCAAAAUCGAGAAAGCCUACUCACAGCAACUGACCGAGUGGUCCAAGAGGUGGAGACAGCUGGUAGACAAAGGGCCUCAGUACGGCACAGUAGAGCGAGCUUGGGUGGCCGUGAUGACAGAGGCGGAGAAGGUGAGCGAGCUUCACCAGGAUGUCAAAAACAACCUGAUCAACGAGGACUUUGAGAAGGUGAAGAACUGGCAGAAAGACUUGUACCACAAACAGAUGAUGGGAGGAUUCAAGGAAACCAAAGAGGCCGAGGAGGGCUUCAAGAAGGCCCAGAAACCCUGGGCCAAAAAGCUUAAAGAGCUCGAGGCUGCCAAGAAGUCCUUUCACAUGGCCUGCAAAGAGGAGAAGCUGGCGUCCACCAGAGAGGCCAACAGUAAGGGAGAGGCCUCUCUGACAGCUGAUCAGCAGAAGAAACUCCAUGAGAAAGUGGACAAGUGCAAACAGGACUCCCAGAAGGCAAAGGAGAAGUACGAGAAGGCUCUGGAUGAGCUGAGUAAGUGCACUCCACAAUACAUGGAAAACAUGGAGCAGGUGUUCGACCAGUGCCAGCAGUUUGAAGAGAAGAGGCUGAACUUCCUCAGGGAGGUGCUGUUGGACGUCAAACGCCACCUCAACCUCACAGAAGACCAAAGUUAUGCUACAGUGUACGGCGAACUUGAACACACCAUCACAUCAGCCAGCGCGCAGGAUGAUCUGAAGUGGUUCAGCAACACCUACGGCCCCGGCAUGCAUAUGAACUGGCCACAGUUUGAGGAAUACAACCCAGACCUUACCCAUAACAUCUCUAAGAAAGAAAAGUCAAAGAAAGGCAGUGACGGAGUCAUGCUGACUAACGUCACAACAGCAGUAGACCACGCUCAGUCUGGAGACCGGGGAAGUGUCAGCAGCUACGAAAAGAACCAGGCGUACACGGCUUCCACGGAGUGGUCGGACGAGGACCAGACAGCCCCGAACUCAGGCAACGACACCAACGGGGGGACGAACCCCUUUGACGAAGAUGUGGGCAAAGGUGUGAGAGUGAGAGCGCUGUACGACUAUGAUGGCCAGGAGCAGGACGAGCUCACCUUCAAAGCAGGGGAUGAGCUGACGAAGCUGGAGGAGGAGGAUGAGCAGGGCUGGUGUAAAGGUCGUCUAGACAACGGCCAGCUGGGUCUUUACCCGGCCAAUUACGUGGAGCCGAUCUAACUGUUCCAGCUGAGGACGCUUGGUGGGAAAACCCAGACUGAACCGUCCAGUCAUAACUGCACAUUGCCAGAGACUUGAAAGCAAAGCUUCUUCUUCCUGUCGGGCACAGUGAGCUGUCUUCAUCUCAGCACUCAUCACAGAGAACACUAAACUGAAACGAGAUCUGUUUCGGGAUCACGUCAUCUCCAAAAUACUGCAACUGAAGCUAAAUAUUUUAGUCUCUUUUGUGUGUAGCUGUGUUUGAUUUCAGAUGCGAUGCUAACAUGCCAUACAGUAUGUUCUCUCAUCAUAAUAUUGAUAUGGUAUCCUCAGUUGUGCCUGGAUAGCGAAAUUGAGCUAUGCAUUGUGCAUUUCAUGUAUAUAUUUUAAUCUUUUUUUUUUUUUUUUUUUUUACAGUCUGGAUGCUUGUACAGUUUUUUUUUCUCAUUGGAUAAAGUGUUUCUCUUUUCUUUGUGAAAUAUUUACGUGUCUAGCUUCAAAGGAAUAGUUUGACAUUUUGGGAAAGGUGCUUAUUCCCUUUAUUCUUGAGAGUCGGAGAAGGUCAAUACCAUUUUUAUGUUUGUACAGUAAAUAUGCAGCCAGAGCUUAGCAUAAAGACUGAAAAUGGGGAGCUCUGUCUGAAGAUAACAAAAUCCAACAAGUGACGUCUUCGUUUAAUCCUGAGAGAAAGACACAAGGCAAAUAUACAAUGGCUCACUGUGUCACAUUUAGAAACCCUCGGUUCAAUACGUACAAAAUUAAAGUGGAAGAACUAAAUGCUGCAGUUUCGGAAAUCAUUGCCCCCGGGCCGAGGAAGAGUUGCAGCACAAACCCCCCCCCAUAAAACCACAACUCGUCAUCCAUUGUCUGGAUUAAACAAACUAGACACAAGACGUUAUUCAUUGAGCUUUCUUUAGAAUUAGAGCCAACUAACUUCUGUCCUCCUGCUUUGUGUCUUUAUGCUAAGCUCAGCUAACCAGCAGUUGGCUCUAGCUUCAUAUUUAGUGUAAAAGUGAGAGUGGUAUCAAUCUUCUCAUCUAACUCUUGGCAACACAGCGAACGACCAUAUUUCCUAAAAAACGAUUCCUUUAAUGCAUUUAGUUGUUUUCCUGCUGCACUCCACAGCGUGUCACUGAAUUAGCAUUUUGAAAGGAGAUAAAAGUCACUGAGCAGAGCUUCUCUUUGAAAUGGAAAUAUGUACUCACACCAAAACGUGCAAGGAUUGUUUACAUUAACCUCCGCUGUCCCACCUGUCCCUAACAAGGUGCCUGUUAUAACUCUUACCCGUCAUUUAGUUUCUCCUCCUCUUCUGUCUUUACAUGCAGAUUGUGUUAAUAACGCAGGCUCCAUGAACAAACUCACGGCUGUUUUUGUACGGAGAUUAGCUUCAUUUCACGACCAGGGUUGUAUUUAUUUUUUUAAUUUCUGCAGUUAAUGAGACUUGUCUGCUAUGAGUGAAUGUCAGUGACUCGGCAUUAUCAGCUUCCAGCUCUUAUCUCUGUGGUUAUAUGCAUGCUAAUGCUCCCACACACUGUUUAACGCUCUGAUCUGAACUGAUCCAGUGCAUGGCCUCAGUUUGUUUCCACCAAAUUAUUGACAGUUUCUUGAUCGAAUUAAAACUCUUAUCGGGAUGAUAAUGAUGAUAAAUGCCAUUGAUUUGCAUUGCAUAACAUAGCCAGUCCUCGAUUGAUCUAUUUCAGUGUGUGUGUACCAAAAAACAUACUGUAUUAAAUAUCGGGUGUACACGUCUUCAUAGUUAAACAUUUUGUUUUAAUCAGAAAAUCUGAAUCAAACUUUAUACAAACACAAAUUAUGAGUGCAUGUGGCAGUAGAGUACAUGUUAUAUGAGAUUGGUUUGUGAAUCCUGGUUACCACAGGUGUUGUUGAAAACUACACCCUCAUCGAUGAGGAAGGCGGGUGUUCUCUUACUGACGCAGACAGAGAAAACUGCAACGAGCACUGCACAAGAAAGCAGAAAGAGGAUCUCUCUCUGAAAUAUUGAUGAGACAAUUGCCUUUUCUGCUGCAAGAUAGAGGUUUACUUUUUAAAAGGUCCGGGAGAGAAAUGUCUCUUGUACUGUGUUUAUGCUUCUGUGUGCUUUUUAAAAAGUGCUCCUUGUAAACUCUGGAGUGGUGAAAUAAAUAUUGCCUUACUAAAAUCUACCACCCUGCCACGCCAGAGACUCUCAACCGUCACAUUUCAACAAAGUGAAAGAGAGCUCGCUUCCACAGAAUCUGACUCCGGCUCCUCCGGCUCAGUUUACACUGACACCACACGCAGGCCCUCUUUGUCUGAUUGAAGAUUACAUGAAUUUGACGUCUUAACGUACUUUUAACUGCAUUUGCAAACAGACUGGUGCUGUUAACGAGUGUACUGUAAAAGUGUGUGAAGCCACAACUGCAGCAUCCACUGUAAAACUGAAUCUGACGGUAAAUCAUAUUGAAAAAAACAACAAACUUAAAUGCUCCUUUUCUGUCUGUUGCUCAUGCUUGAAACAUUGAUCUGCAAUGUUGAGGAAAACUUUUUAGGGGGCUUUCUCUUUUUUUAGCAUAGUGCUGUAAUUUCAAAACUGUAGUGCCUGUUCAUCUGCAUAAGCAAAAAUAAAAGAUGUCAUCAGAAAACUCA